AUGUUCCUGCUUUUGCUAACAAUGCAGCGGACUCUGUCCGAAACUUCAACCGUUCUUAAGGAACCAAUUGGGGAUGUACAUAUAGAUGACUCCACCAGCAUAAAGAAAUUGCCUCAUGACUUGCAAAUGGGUGAAUCUAAGGAGCAUUCAUCUGGCAGGGAGAGGAAUGAGAGAUUCUCUUGUUUGCUUCUUCCCUUCUCUUCCCUUGAUUUAUUCCAUUGUCAGGAGCUGGAAUUCAUACACAAGAGUAGCAGCAUUGUUGGCUAUAGACCCAAUAUCUUCUCAACCACUCUCUCCCAUCUCAUUGCCACCAACUCUUACCACUUCCUCAUUCCCUUCAUUCCCAUCCGAGAAAGGUUGAAAGACAAGUUAGAGGAGUUUUUCAACUGUCAAUAUGAGCUCUUUGUUGAAUUCACCGCUCUAAUCAGAUGGAGUAGAGGUGCAAGCAUUGGGUGGCAUAGUGAUGAUAACAGACCCUACCUCAAACAGCGACACUUUGCAGUGGUGUGCUAUUUAAAUAAUUAUGGCAAGGAUUUCAAUGGUGGACUCUUUCGUUUUCAGGAUGGCCAGCCAAUGUCAAUUAUGCCAAUGGCUGGAGAUGUUCUGAUAUAUACCGCUGACCAGCAUAACAUUCAUUCUGUUGAUGAGAAGAAAAGGGAUAGAAGAGAAAACGCUUUCCUUGGAUUUAAAUGCUUUGGAUUUAUAUUGGGUUCUGUCGAUUUCCUUGUCUAUCAGGAAAAGGUUUGUUUUUCUACUUCAAAGAAUCUCUCCGUACACUGCCUGUCUUAACAAGCUCAUCAGCAUACAAUUUCUAGAGAUCAGAAUUCUUCUUUCUCAACCAAAAAUAAAGAAGAGUCAAGUUCCCCUUAUCAGUCAAUUAACUUUGAUUAAUUAAUUAAUUAAUUAGGAGCAGUAGCUAAUUAGCUAUCACACAUCAUUAUUAUUUUAAAAUAUUAUUUUAAAAUAUGUUGGUUGAUGAGAUGUCACUCAAUGUUAAAAUUUAAUUAAUCCCAAUAUCAUCCUAUGAUCUUAAUCUUAUCUCCAAGUUUGGACCGAGUCAUUCAUUGUACUUCUCACUCCAAAAGGGAAAAAGUAAAAUGCUUUCACUUUACUUUUCUUUUUUUCAACAAAAAAAAUCUACUAGUACAUUUCUUGUUCUAUAAAAUGCAAAUAGUCGUGCUAUUUAAUUGUCUGAUCAGGUACACUAAAUUAAUAUACACAUUUUUUCCUUUUGUUAUUAGAUAGAGUAGGAGAUUUAUUUCAUAGCUAAUUCAUUUUAUUGGUAAAAACUAAAAAAGCAUGUUAGUUUUGUAAAUAAAGUAACAUAAAAAUGAGUAUACAAACAUUUUUAAGAUGAAAGAAGUGAAUGAAGAGAAAUAGGAAGAAGCAACUUAACAGUUAGUAGUCAUUAUCGAGAAUAAGAAACAGAAAGCAAAUACACAAAUAAAAAUGAUAUUGGGGAAAUGGAAAAGGGUCCCAUGAAGCACAAAGGAACAAGUGCACAUAGUCAAAUUAUAUACUACUUCUAUUACUUAACUCUCUUCUUUUAACUUUUACUUUUUCUUGUUUUAAAUUUAUGCAGACUUCGUGAUUUGAAGCAGCUAGGUUUGACUACAUUGUUCAUGAUUGUCGUGCAUGUGGCCUAGGUUGCAACUUUCAGCCUGAAAGAUUGAUGGAGACAAUGCAAGUCAUUGAUAAUGAAAUACGUUAUCGUGCCAAAGAUUGUUAGUAGAUUCUGAAAUAUUGAGAUUUUUAUGUAAUUAGAUGAGAUUGAAAUAUUGAAGUUGUUUUAUUUUACUUUAAAAAAAAAGUAAUAGUUAUGUAGAAGAAUAUCACAUGGAAUUAUGUUUGGAACUAUUGACAUUGAAAUUUUAUAUAUAGUUAUGUUUUAUGAAAAA